UCUCGAGCGAACGGUGUGGUGUUAGUCUGCGCGCGAUGCGCGCCGCGCUUUUUCGUCUUGUGAUUCAUUCCUCUCUUCCUCGAUCUCUCCUCGUUUCUUCGCAUCGCGUCGCCGUUUCCGCAUCGCUUGAUCUGGCAGACGAUCUCGUCACGACGCUUUUACAUUUUGAAGUUUGUAGUUACGUUGUAGAGCGCGUUAAUCGAUAUGAAAUUAAUAUCUCGCGUCAGAACACUUCGGCCCUUAGGACUUGACGAAUUCGAAAAGAUGACUUACUGAUGAUGAACAUCUUAGAAAUUUCAUUAGUUUCUGGUGGGCUGUGUUGAAUUGUCAUGCGGCUACGAUGGACGAAUUGUGCUUGAAAAACGAGAGAUGGGAGAACGAGUUUUGUAGAGCUCAGGACAAUAUUAAGAGUGAUAUGAUUUGUCAAAAGUCAAAAAAGUGACACAUGAACAGAUGGACCAUUUAUUUGAAACGAUAGAUCGUAAGAAGACUUUGAACGACUCGGAAUUUUAAAAUCUGUCUUGAACUCGAGGAGUUUUAGUUUGUUGAGCAAGUGAUUUCUAAGCGAGAGUUUUUCUUCGACAACAAGAGAGAACGAGGUGGCCACGAAGAGAUUCUUAGGGCCACCUGAUGGCACCCGAUCUCGAGAAAAGACGACAGGAAUUAAGGAGGGGCAGUUGCGGAACCUUGGACCAUGAUCAUUUGGGCAUGCUUUUACAGUUGAGAUGUGGCACGUUGACGGAACUUUAUCAUCAUGGUAACAAUGCAGGCGGCGCGUCGUCAACGGUGACAGCAUCGUCCGUUUCAAGAAACACUACUGGUAAUCGUGCCCAUUCCGCGACUAGGAGAACGAUUACUAAUCAGCGACAGCAGCAACAACAUCGACAACAGCAACAGCAACAAACUCAACUGCAACAACAACCAAAACAAGGCAGACUUCCAUUAUCAUCUUUCGGCACAGCUGUGAGGAGUUCGGAUGAUCACGGGCCUAGAACCGGCACAACCCCAGACGACAAUUCAAACGACUCCGGCCUUGGUUCUGAGGAACGCCAACAGCACUUCAAUAACGUCACUCUCUGGAAUAACGUUGGCGAGGAGGAUUCAAAGAGAAGAAAGAUGGACAUCAAAUUAGAGUCUGAGGAUGCGAACUUUGCAUUUCCGGAAGUGGCUCCCGGAACUAGUCCUGACAAUAAGUCAUCGACAGUUAGAACCACUGUCAAUGGAAUUGGUUUGGGAGGAAUAUCCGGUAACAAAUCCGGAAAUGCUAACUCUAUAGGCAGAGUUGUGGGGGUAACCAGGCCCCGACCUGCCAUGGGCGUGUUGGCCAAGAGAACACCAAUUACUCAUCAAGGACCUGUUACCCUUAUCUCGCAACUAUCCAACAUUUCCGCCGACGGCAAAAUCCAACUGCAAAUUGUCUGCCAACCUGAGCAACAGCACCGAGCUCGCUAUCAGACGGAGGGCUCGCGGGGUGCGGUGAAGGACCGUAGCGGCAAUGGCUUUCCCAUCGUUCGACUGGUCGGCUACGAUAAGCCGACGACCCUGCAGGUGUUUAUUGGUACUGAUCUUGGCCGAGUCGCGCCUCACAUGUUUUACCAGGCCUGUCGAGUAAGCGGCAAAAACUCCACACCUUGCGUCGAGCGGAAGAUCGACGGCACGAUCGUAAUAGAAAUUGACAUGGAGCCAGCGAAGGACAUCACCUGCGACUGCGUCGGCAUUCUUAAGGAACGUAAUGUCGAUGUCGAACAUAGGUUCCCUCAGGAGGCCGGGCUGUUGCAAGGAAGGAGCAAGAAGAAAUCCACACGGUGCCGCAUGGUGUUUCGCACGAUUAUCACGCACGCCGAUGGAACCACAGAGACGCUACAAGUGUGCUCUCAGCCGAUAGUCUGCACUCAACCGCCUGGAAUUCCAGAGAUCUGCAAAAAGUCUCUGACAUCCUGCCCGUGUACUGGCGGGUUGGAACUCUUUAUACUGGGUAAGAACUUCCUCAAGGACACCCGAGUAGUCUUUCAGUUGGACAAUGAUGAUCUAUCGAGUAGCCUUGAACCACAUUGGGAAUGCACCGUACUGCCGGACAAGGAAUAUUUACAUCCGGCACACUUAGUAUGCGUAAUUCCAUCCUACCGCAGACAGGAUCUUGCGCCUACGGAAACAAUCAGCGUCAAGUUAUAUGCGGUGUCCUCCGGAAAAACCAGCGAACCGCAUACUUUUCUUUACACGGCCACCUCUACUCCUCCGCAGCCAUCCGUAGGGAAAAUCGAGUCCCUCUCGCCUCCGCUGACAAAUGGCGAAGCCAGUCUGACUUCACCCUCUGUCGUGGCUACGGCUGUUGCGUCCAGCACUCUUCUAACGCAAACUGCUGCGGGAGCUGCAAGUUUUUUGACGAACACUGCAACUCAACCGCAACAGAGUACUCCUACGGAAGCUUUGAAGAACGACCCCAGUCCACCACCGACAGGACCAUCUCAGGUGACCCCGGUGAUGCUAUGGACUUCUUCUCAGUCCUCGAAUUCGCCUUCCGAUGUCAUGAUGCCACCUCCGGUGCUCGUAGCGAAUCCUCUAAUGACUCGCCGAUCCUCGUCCAAUCUUCAGCUAAUUCUGCCGGAUAACUUAAAAACAGAAGUGCUCGACGAGAACAGUCAGAAUAGUAUGCUGAGCGAAAACAGUAUGCAAAGCAUUCCGACGCCGACGACGGCCACAAACGGACCAACGUCGGUCACUUCUCCCCUUCAGCAGUUGGAGAAUUCUAGAGAGGCCGCGCCCUCGCAAGCAGAUAUUAUCAGGACCGUUGCCGUCGCGACGGCAGCUAGUAACAGCCCUGUGCACGAGAAUGUAAGCGGUCUUCUCGGAGUGGUAGAUCUGAUACGCACCCAGCAUCCUUUGUCAAAUUGCGCAAUGAAUACGCAUCAUUCGACUUCGUUUGGAGGCAUGCAUGAGUCAACUCAGGUCCAAGUUCUUAGUCCUCAUCGUCUCAAGGACACGAACGGUGUCCUGUCAACGGACAACAGUUCCAAUGGUGCCGUCCUUCAGGGUGCCGGGGUAGUGGAUCUUCGUAUGAAACAUCACCAUCAUCAGUCCGACUUUGGCACACUGUCAGGUUUCACCGGUGCUUCCGGGUCGCAGCAAUUGUCAGCGUCGAAUAAUCAUGUGGUGGGAAAGUACCUGAAUCACGUGGAAUCCUCGGUUGGUACCAACGAGAAAUCUGAUAAUCCAGAAAAUGAGUUCGCUAUUCAACAACAGCGGGCUUCCAUCAUUUCGGGAAGUAGUCAACAGCCGGCAGCUCCUCCGAGAAUUCUAGCCAAUACAGGACAAACUUCAGUAAAAUUGGAUGCCUUAGUAAACUCCGCAGCUGAACAGAUGGUAUCUCCAUUACAUUCGGUGAAUCCCAAUUCUACAACAAUAUUGAAUCACGUAACAGCAGAGCACGAGCCAAUGGGCCAGCAGACUAGAACUAGUCCGCCGAUUCCGGUGAAGACAAUGUUACUGGAGGCAUUGAUCCCUUCGCAAACGGUACAACCAUUGGCAGAGAUUGCGGGUACAACAUCAGUAUCGCCUACGACAACGGUAGAGCAAACGGGAGAAAGUCUAUUAAAUACUAUCAAUGCAGCAUUAUUACCGCAAUUGCCAGAAACACAAGUUAAUACGGCAACUGCCACGUCGAAUUCUACAGUUGCUGGCAAUGCAAUGCCAGCAGUCACAGCAGAACAAAUGCAACAGCAGAUUCAAGUGCUUACUCAAGAUGUAACUGUAAUGCAACAAGUACAACAAGUAGAACAAGUAGUGGCACAAGCACAGCAACAAGUCGAGCAAGUCGUUGCGCAGGCGCAGCAACAGGCGGUCCAAGUGGUGCAUCAGGCCCAGCAACAGGUAGUCCAGCAAGUAGUGCAGCAUGCUCAAGUAGUGCAGCAAGCAGUGCAGCAAGUACAAGCUGUGCAACAAGUUCAAGCGGCUCAGGUAGUGCAGCAAGCGGUGCAGCAGGCCACUGAAGAAGUGGUGCAACAAGCGGUGCAGCAAGCAACACAAGAGGUGGUACAGCAGGUUCAAGCGGUACAGCAAGCUGUCCAACAAGCUCAAGCGGCGCAAGCCAUGCAGCAGGCUGUUCAACAAGAUAUUGGUUCUAUGUUAAAUCAACCCGCGGGCUUUGUGGCCGAAGCUAGUUCUGCUUUAGCUAGCGGUGCUGCUCAGGAACCUUCUCAACAACGUUUGACUAAUGCAGCCGAACAAGCUAUCAAUAAUGUCAUCACCAAUGCCACAAAGGAUAUUAUCAAUAAUCGGCCUAUCUCGACGACUACCGCUCAUGCAAUUAUUGCUACGAAGAAAAUUCUGAAUAGUGUGGCGACUCAAAGUGCGCAGUUGAUGAAUAAUGCGAUGGAAGGAAUCCUACCGAAAUCUCCUUCAGCACAAAACAACAUUAUCGAACAAGUCGCCAGCAAAUCACCACCGGUUGCACUUCCGGUUGCUACAAAUCGUCAGGCUGUGAAUGCUCCAAUUCCCAAUCCUGCCGCGAGUACCGCAUCCAAUAGAAAGACGGAGGAUGGAAUGCUGCCUCAAGAACUCACCUCCAUGUCGGAACAUGAUCUUUUGAGCUACAUUAAUCCAAAUUGUUUCGAGCAAAGCGGAUUCCUCUUGUAGUAUCAUCGCGUUUUUCGAGAUGGGGAGGGUGACUUUUCCAACGAAUUUAUUUCCGAAAUGAAAGUUUAAAGAAUCUGCCUUACGUGUCCUGCAUUUGGUGCUAAAUAUAGCUACCUGGUUUUAAAUUUCACUUGCCUCAUAUUGAAGUGUAUAAGACACUACAUGGAGCUUAGACUAAGUUGCAAUUAACUAAAUGUGGGAUACAAAGAUCCAAGAAUGCUUGAACAAUUAAAGUGUCCUAGGUGGAUGAUAUGUUUCUUUUUUUGAAUCUUUGUGUUGUCUGGAUUUAUUACCGUGCAGGAUUAAUCUCGGUUUGUAAGGUCGUUACCUUGAUCCGACGCUGACAAUUCUGUGCCACAUUUAUAGUAUGCGAAGUCACGUUUAUAGAACGGAGAGUACGAGUGCACCUUAUGUUAACUUUGGGUCUUAGCACAUUUUUCUAGACUCUUCACAGAAUUUCUAAAGUUCUCGUAAUUAUGGAUUCUAGAAUUUUUGAUCUCUGAUUUAAUCUUAAUAACAUCUAAUAAACUUUACCCAAUUCUGCAAUUUAUGAGAUGUCCAUAAGAUAUUAUUCGACAUUUUAUUCAAGAUAUUAUAAUGAAUUUCUCAAUGACCCAAAGUUUUCAGAGAUACUUCCUGUUCAUCCUGUGAUUCGCGGUAAAGAAACGCCGUAAGUCCACAGCAGCAGAUCGUUAUGGAUCGAAAACUAUUAACGUUUAAGUAUAAGACGGGCGCAUGAGAAAGCGCGACAAAUUCCAAUGUUCUUCUCUUUCAUACGUCUCUUUUUCCUUUACAUAUUUUAUCUAUUCUAUGAAUUGUCAAUUUUUCUUGACGGUUCGUUAUUUAUCUUCAGUGUGUCUCUGUGUAUAACUAGAUGCUUUGUUGAUGUUUGCGCAUAUUAUUUUGAGUUUUGAUCUCUUUUAAAUUCAUCUUAUUUGCAGAAUAGAAUAAUACAUACGAAUAUAGAAAAACUACUGUCCAAAUAAUUAAUUUUCAGGCGUCGCAUUUUGAAACUAUUUUUCAAUUACAAUCCUUUAGCGGUGUAAAACUAAUUAAUCAAUAUUUAAUGUUGAUUAAAGAAACUAAGAAAUAAUAUGAAAAUUAGUGUAAAGAAUUUCAAAGUUCCAAUUUAAUUCCUCGAAUCUUAUUUUAUUUCUUAUUUCUUAUUUUUGCAAAAUAUCAGAAAAAA